UUUAGGAUCAAACUAAUGACAAGGAUUUGUGGUCGGUUUGAAGGAUAUCCGAACAACCUAAAGUUUCGGAUAUCAGUUUGUCCUAAUCUCACGCUUAUAUUAUUUCUGAUUUUUAUUGAUUCCUUUUAUCAUCAAGUAUGUCAGUGCUACAGGUGUUGCAAGUGGUGAUGGAGGUAGGAUUCCAAACUGCUCUCCUUCGGAAUGGUGCUUCAAGUCAGCACUUUAGACCGCUUCGUUACUACACGCUUCGCGUUUCACAUCUGUGUAACAUGAGUAAACAGUGUCCACUGGGAUAUAGGAGAGAUAUACAGCGCAACAACAGACGAUAGUCAGUGAAUACUCGAUAAAAGAGGACAUGGUGUACCAGCACAAAUGAAAUUACGCAGUUACUGUGCAAAAAGAAGGGGAUGUACAAAGUAGUCUCAUACAUCAUUCCGAAAGCUCAAUGUACGCUAGGUUUGCCUAUUUUGCAACAAACCGUUUGCCCCUUUUCGACUAGGAAUAUAAUAGGAUAGAUCCCUAUUAUCAAUAUCAUGCAUAAUAAUUAUAACACUGUUUUAUGUGAAUAACCCUUCAGGGCUGCUUUUGGUCCCAAAGUAGGUCGAUGAACUCCGAACGACAGUAAUGUAACUUCUUGAAUCUUGUUAGGACCAAAAGUGUUAUAAAACAGUGAAAUUUAUUAGGUCUAGGUCUUAGAAGUUGGGUUUUUUAAUCACGAAAGUAAGCAAAUAUUUCAGGUGUUAUUGCAGUCUUAACCUUGUAUUAAUAUCCCAUAGUAUUACAAAUAUCUUACUGGCCCUAAUCAUUUGAAAGACUAUUUUCAUCCAUAUAUAUGCUCAUUUACGAAAAUAAAUAGGAUAUUACACUAUGGAUCUUUACGAAAAAUCCAACUAACCAUAUGGCUACAAAGCAUUCUUAAAAUAUAACUGUUGUCAGUUCAUAAUGAGAACACUGACUCAGAAUUCUAAUCCUUAGUUGUAGUCCUAGAAUGAUAGUUCAUACAUAUUUCGUGUUUUUUUUAUCAGCUGAAUGGUCAAAAAUCUUUUGAUUGUUUUAUGAUGAUUUCUUGUUUUACGUUUGCCUUGAACUUCAGCGUGUCGUUGAAGAUCACUUAUAGUUCAGCUCUGCCAUCUACUCUAAAUUCUCACUUUAUUAGUAUAAACUUUAGAAUCCACAUGUAUUUCUUCGCUAACGUAAUAGACAACAUCAGUGCAUAAAUUCACUUGGUUCUAAACAAACAUUUCCUUGUUAAUGUAUUAGUACCUACUGGAGAUAAAAUUCAGUAAUUAUGAACGGUAAGGGGACUAGACCCCCCUCAAUUUGCUUAAAUCCAUAUCGUCUUGACCCCUUAUAAUAUCACAGUUGAUGUAAGGUUGCUUUUGGAAUAUAUAUCAAGGUAUUGUUAUCUAACCCGUAAAUGAUACAUUAAGGAUUGCUCUUACUUGUUCGUGAUAGUUCACUAAAGUUCUUACAUCUUUGAGUAGUCGAUGUACUACAUUUUAUAUAUCUACUGUAUUUAAGUUACAAUCAUACUUUUGUUUAAUACAAUUUCAGAUUCCAUUGUAAGUCCGAAAAAUUAGCUGGAAUAUUACUGUUCUCAUGUCAGGUCCUACAGUCGUUCUGUUCUACAUCGUUCUAUCUUACAUUUAUCUGUCUAUGCAAAGAGAACGAAAAGUCAAGUUGAAUAUAUCUUUUCUUCCGUGCAAUUAUUGAAAACAUUGGAGCAAUGCUUAAGGGAAACGAGAGUUAUUGUAAUACUAGAAAUGGUAGAGAAUCACCUGUAUAACAAGCUGCUAACCUAUCAAUAUUCCGUUAAGGGAUUAGCAUACGUGCACUGCUCUAUCUCAUGCGGUGUUUCACUCCUACGGCUAUCUGUUAUUUAAACAAGUCUCAACUGCCAUCAUUGUAGAAAAUAAUUGUUUGAAAGGGUCUUAUAUAGACGACUCAGUCCUGCCGAAUUUUUAACGGCUGAUGGAAAGAAUAACACGAGUUACAAAAUAAACAAUAAAUAGUCAAGAUACAACCAGUAUGGGGAGUUUACGGACUAACCAAGCCUCAAAUAUCAAUUAUGCCUCUCCUAACCUUUUAUUACUUAUGUUGGUAAAAAACUAUUGAGACUGCUAUCAAUUACGACUAUUUUUUUUGUGAAAUAGUAUCCCGUACUUGAAAGUAAACACAUUUACUUUUAUUAGAACAGUAGCUUAUUAUUUUCAGUGUUUGUAAGUUUUCAACACACCGAAUCGAAUAAUUCGAAAGUUUAACUGCCUAUGACUGUUGGGAUACAGUUCUUCCUGAAUAAAUUUAGUUCUGUUAAAAACCUAACAAAAUCUGUAUAUACAUUUCUCCGUUUAUAGUAAAAUUUUCGAAUUUGUCUGACGUCGGGAAGUAAGUACGUUGUGUGAUAUAGACAUCACCAUCUGUUUUGAAACACUAACAGUAAACUAAGUAAAUGCAUUUUGCUGAUUACCAUGUGACCUUAUUUUACUCGUGAUAAGUUUCUAUAGUGCUCUUCAUUCUUACAAGGUUUACGAAACAGUGUUAUUAUGAGAUCGUAGUAAAGGUUUUUUAUUAAUCCAAUUGACUGUUGGUUUUUUGCAUGCAUAUUUGGAACUAUGUGUAUUUCGACAAAUUGUUUUUCGUUUACCCUCACAUUACCAUGUUAAUGUAGGAUAAUCAGAUGUACAAAAACAGACUAAUAACAUUUUCCAACAAACAUUUCAUAAGAACGCCACCUUAUAGUUUUUUAUUUGAAAAUUAUAUUGUCACAUCUAUUUCGCUUUUUUCCAUUGCAAGCAGGACAACCCAAACAUUGAUUCACGUCUCAUUCUCCGACUGACCAGUACUUCUCAAGCAUAAAGAAGUAUCAGAGUAACUGUUAAUUUCAACCAUUUAAUGAAAGUUCCGUGAGUACAAACAUACAUGUGGAGAACGUCAGGCGACGAAAGGUCGAAAAAGUCGGAUUAUGCAACACCUAUUAAAGCUCCACACAAAUACGAAAAGAGUCAUGUUAAGAAACCUCAUUUAUCAGGGAACCGGUGUAGUGGUGCUCCACUUCAGACACCAUCGUCGUCUCACUCCUUUCCUGAUAUAGAUGAUGUCUCACUUACAAUACUAUCUCGUAAUAAUAAACACUUAAAACAGAUUGACAGGACAAAAGUCAGUAAUACCGUUCCCAAAACAUUGAAAGAAAGUAAUAAAUCCACACAAGUCAUCCGUGCAAAGACCCCGACCAGGGAAUUAUCUCACAUCAGCAUUACAAAUAAAUGCAUGACUUCUGGAAAUGCUGGCAACAGGAAAUCAAAGAAAGUAUCUAAUUGUAAUUUGAAAGUCCCAAGGUCCUCUUUAAAUAGUAUGAAGUUCAACUCCCCAUUUGUAAGAGGAUUGGAAGAAUUUAUAAUUACUGAUGAUGAAUCGAAAGUCACAACCCCGUUACGACGUCAGAAAGCUCUUUCCGAAAAGCAUAUUGAAAGGAUAGGUAAACCACAUGAAGUGAUUAGGACUAAGCGACAUACUCCUCUUAAACGCUCUAUUUUGAAUGAGCGCGCUAUCCGCAAGAGUCAGCGAAGUCAUUCACUUCCAGCCCCUGUAGGAAUUACUUUUGAUUCCACUGAAUCUUCUAGUGUGACGAAAAUCACAGAGUUCCGUACUCCUGAUAGCUUUAAUAAUUCUCUAAAAGAACCCACUUCUUCAUCGGAAAUCGAAAAGUAUCUUGUGAGUGAGUUGAUUUCACGAUUGGUUACAUUCCAAGACAGAGCAUAUGUAACCCACGCUAAUAACCCCUUUCAUCUCAAGAGAACAAAGCGACUUGUUUGUGGUUUUCAUGAAGUAAUCAAACACUUAAGGUUAAAACACAUGCGAAUUGUCUUUGUGGCCCGCGAUCUUGAAGGAAAUGCUACCAGUUUCUUAUGGCAAGAUAAAAUUACAUAUGAUGAAAAGGAAGCUGAAAAUAAGAUAGUUCUUAGUGCAUUAGAAAAAGUACUCUGUCAGAUCUGGGAACUUGCAAAAGAAUGUGACCCGCCGGUACCAAUAAUCAUUACCCAUACAAGGAAAAAAUUAGCACAUUUAUGUCAUAAACCAAGACUUGUAUCUGUUGUAGGAAUUAUAAACGCCGAUGGAGCAUAUGAAGUUGAAAAAAAGCUGUUAGAUAUGAAAUCUGGAGUUAAUUUAAGAUGUACAACAAGUCUGGGGACUGCUCAAAUAAACACAGUGAAUGAGCUCACUGUAGGAAACUCAAACGCUACAAUUAUCGAAAAGUUGCGGUGUUCCGUUGAAUCUAUCAACAUUAAGUGAUUAGCUUUUGUUUGAAGUCAAAUGUCCGUAUCUCCCAUCACUACCGAUGAUUGAUAAAUCCCCUUCUUCCAUAUUGUACACAGUUUAUUUUACUUGUGUAUACCUCAGUUGAUUUUGUUUCUUCCAAAUAAACUGUAAACGACUCUUCCACGUUGAUUCUUACUAUCGUCUAAUAAUGCUCAACCCUAUUGAACUCAAUCAUUAAAAGUUUGUAACCGUAAUUACAUGCAGCCUGACAAUCCACAUUCUGAUAAAC